ACAGGUGGAGAGGGAGAGAGAUCAAAGGAGAGCAUUAGAGAGAAGUAGAUGAUGAUAUAUUUGUGAGAAUAUUUCACUCAGAGGUCAAAUCUGUAGAUGGAUUUUAGCUCCGUGGAGUGAUAUCUACAACCACAAACUCCACAACUGAACAACAAUGCAGCCAAUCUGGCUUUCUCUACUAUCUGCCUUCUGCCUUCGCCUGGUUUUCCUUUGCAGAGCCGAGGAAGGUCUCGAGUUCCCCAAUUUCGACGGGAAGGACAGGGUGCUGGACAUCAGCGAGCGCAACUACAAGAAGGCUCUGAAGAGGUACGACCUGCUGUGUCUGUUCUACCACGAACCGGUGCCCGCCAACAAGGGCCUGCAGAAGAGGUUCCAGAUGACGGAGCUGGUGCUGGAGCUCACAGCUCAGGUCCUGGAGAACAGAGACAUCGGUUUUGGGAUGGUGGACUCCCAGAAGGACGCCAAAGUAGCCAAAAAACUGGGUCUCGAGGAGGUGGGCAGCUUGUACGUCUUCAAGGACGACCGUGUGAUUGAGUUUGAUGGGGAGCUGUCAUCGGACACACUGGUGGAGUUUCUGCUGGAUGUGCUGGAGGACCCCGUGGAAAUGAUCAAUAACGCCAUGGAGCUGCGAGCCUUCGAGAGGAUGGAGGAAGACAUCCGUCUCAUUGGCUACUUCAAAGGAGAGGACUCAUACUACAAAGCUUUUCAGGAGGCCUCAGAGCGUUUUCAACCCUACAUCAAGUUCUUUGCUACAUUUGAUAAACCUGUAGCCAAACACCUCUCCCUCAAGAUGAACGAGGUGAAUUUUUAUGAGCCGUUCAUGGAGGAGCCGGCCAUUCUGCCCGGCAGACCUCUGUCAGAGAUGGACAUUGUCGAGUUUGUGAACCAACACAGAAGGGCUACUUUGAGGAAGCUCCGGGCGGAGAAUAUGUUUGAAACAUGGGAGGACGACAUGGAUGGAAUACAUAUUGUCGCGUUUGCUGAGGAGGAAGAUCCAGAUGGCUAUGAGUUCCUGGAGAUCCUGAAAGACGUAGCCAGAGACAACACCAACAACCCAGAGCUCAGCAUCGUCUGGAUCGACCCCGAUGACUUCCCUCUGCUGACCACCUACUGGGAAAAAACCUUCAAGUUGGACCUGUUUCGACCUCAGAUUGGUGUGGUCAACGUCACAGACGCGGACAGCGUGUGGCUGGACAUGUCCAACGACGAGGACCUGCCCACCGCUGAGGAGCUGGAGGACUGGAUAGAGGACGUCCUGUCUGGAAGGGUGAACACAGAGGACGAUGAUGAGUCUGCUGACGACCGGGAGGAGCCCGACAGCUACGCCACAGAGGACAGCUCCGAAGGUCAGGACCCAGAUGAGGAAGAUGACAGCGAAGACUAACCUGAGGGGUUAAGGGUUGGUGUCCUGGCAGUUCUGGACUCGCAUUAGAACCAGAUUACUGAAACAUGUCAACAUCUUAUUAUCUUUAAAUAAUUUAAAAGAAGUACAAUUAAAAGAAAAUGGUUUUCCAAAAAAAAUCUAAAUUCUCUGGUUUAAAUGAUUCAUAAUUGCCAGAUAAAACAGAACUGAUUAAAAGUCAUCAUGGGAAAAUCUUGGCCCAGAUUAUAAUAAAGUUAGCACAGUGCCUGCAGUAGUAAUCCUCCUGUACUCACCAAGGAUAUCAGCAUACAGACUCUGUGUCGCAUACACAUGUAAGUUAAAGCUCCAUUAAUAGAUUUUGUAAACACAACACUGACACAUUAUCAUCUUUUAAGUUGCCAAGGCUGACAUGUUAGCAAAUAGUUUCUUAUUUACACAUCCAGCAGACACUGAGCACGAACAUUGGCGUCCAUUAGGAGUUGUGUUUCAGGCCAAAUGAUGAAUUUGAGAGUAAAUUUAAGUCCAAUAUUCACUUGUUUUAGCCCUGGAUGGAAAAAUAUCUCUUUUUUUUAGUUGCUAAAUGCUCUACUCCGCUUACCAGCUGGCUGCUAACUGUACCUGCUUUUUGGUGCUGAGCAGGUACUGUACAGUGGGUUUUUUUUAGAGCACUGAAAACAACCGUCUGAAAUGUGUGGAAACGAUGCUGAUGAGUGCUGUAAGAGGUAAUCAAAACAUUAAAGCUGCAGGUUGUAAAAAACCAAAACAAUGAGCUGAAAGAUGCUAAAAUGUUACGUAAAGGAGACGGGAACCUGCAGAGUCUUGUGGUAAUUCUUUGUGAGUUUGUCACUAUGAGUGACACCUAUCACAUUACACAUACAGUAUGUUAGUAUACAAAUAUUGAUUAUAGCAGGUUUAAGAUUUACAUAAAUUGUUCAGAGAUUAGUUUGUGUGUUUAUAUGUGUGAAAACAAAUGAUAAAUAUCUUUGUUCUUUUAAGUAGAAUAGUGCUUGAAUUCUUUUAAUAUAAUAAAUAGUUCUGUAUAUUAAAUGUUAAUAGACUAUACUUAGACUAAAGUAUCAAAAGCACUUUUUUGGAGAAGAUUUUCAUGAUGUAAAAGCGUUAAUAAAAGUACACAAUGACUCUG